AUGUUAAAACUCACUGACGAUGCCGGCGAAACGUCUGGGAGUGUUCUAUGUCCACGAUCCGACUUUGGAAAUGAUCAUGCAUACAAUGGACUCCGGACAAGACAUGCCUACACACCAAAUAACCAUACUUUUACUCCUAAUUCUAUCACUUUCACCCUUUUUCGUUGCUGGUGUUCAUUGUAUUUCUUUGACCCGGUCACUCAAGUGGACGAGCCUUCAAAGUAUGGUGUCGUUGUAUACGAACCUGCCAGUGGUCGUGUUGAUCGGUUCGUUGAAAAACCCCAGGAAUUUGUAGGAAAUAAAAUUAACGCAGGCAUUUACCUUCUCAACACCUGCGUCAUAGAUAGGAUAUCGGUAUGUUUUACAACUUUCUGA